AAAAGAAUGGCAUCACUGCGCUGAAGGUUUGCGACGGUGUAGUGACACGAAGCCACCAAGAAGAAGAUCGAGACAAGACUCCAAAAACUGCCACAGUCGCGAUCGGUUGUGAAUCUCGUCGUUGUUGUCGCGUUGUUUCGUGAGAAAAUCGUUGAAAAUAUCAGCUCGAAAUGGUGCGUUUUUCCCCGCAAACGCAAGAACGGUGACCAGUGCUUCGAGUGACGGUAAUUAUUGCCGGGAACCGGAAUGAUCCGUGGUAAAAAUCGUGAUUCUUGCUGAGUGGUGACCCAAGUUUCUUGAAGAUUUUCCUCCCUUUUUUCGAUGCCUGCUUUGAUGGUGUGCGCGCAAGUGUUUCAGAGCGAUCGUCGUCGCGUUUCUCAUUUUUCGUUUGUCCCUGCAGUGAUGGGAGUUUGACAACUUCUUUCAACGCUUCUCCGCCCAGACAGAAGCAGCAGAGCCAAGGAAUAAUAUCACGGGAAGUGCGAUGUAGUGUGGUGUGGUAAAAGUUUCUGCAAGGGAAUUCUUCGAGUGAAAAAAACGGUGAAAGAAGCUCAAUAACAAAGAGCGUGUGACUUCGAUUUGUUGUCAACGUGCGUGGCUAAUUCAGGGUGAUUUUUACGCCCCUAGGAUGGCACUUGAUAUCGACGAAACUCCAAGAAAUCGCUGAGGAAGCUGUCGAGAAGAAAGCAAUUUUGUGAAUCGGUGAUCCAAAUUCCACUGCUAGUGAAAAGAAUAGAGUGUAAAAUUGCGUCGAUCUGGUUUAGUCGUCGCAUAGUGAGAAGUGCACGAAGAAUAACGGAGAAACGGUGAACCAGAGUGGGGGUAAUUAAUCGGUAUCUGAGGUGGAGCUUUCGGAACAAGUGGUUAUCUGGUGCAUGUUGUGAAAAUGUUCUCCAAAAAGAAGAAAAAGCCACAAAUUUCCUUCCCGAGUAACUUUGAGCACCGCGUCCAUACGGGCUUCGACAAACGGGAAGGAAGAUACGUUGGCCUCCCAUUGCAGUGGGCUUCAAUCGUGGGAAACAAUCAGAUAUUGAAGUCCACCAAUCGCCCUCUGCCGUUGAUCGAUCCAUCGGAGAUAACGCCUACGGAAAUCCUCGAUCUGAAGACCAUUGUGCGGCCGCACAACACAUCCAGUGCAGCAUCCACAACCGGCAGCAUCGGAGAACCAGGAAAGCUGGUUCUCCCGAAAACUUCCAGCGUUGCCCGUUCCAAUUCUCUGCGCAGCUCGAGUCCACCGCGCGUCCGAAGAGGAGAUCUACGUGCCAAUACCAACGUUCCUCCCUCAGUUCCAGAAGAACCUCUCCACCUUGGUGGAGGUCAAUCCCCCUUCCCCUCGAUAAACAACAAUUUUCCUCCCUCACUCCCAACCAAACAGUCCUUCCCCGGAAAUCCCAUUCAUCCCCAUCAGCAGUCGCAACCGGCCGGAUCAUCCUUCUCCGACGGUAGCCAAAGCGGCUUCAAUCAUCUGAACAACAACUUCGACCAGCAGCAUCAUCCUGCGCACUCGCAUCAGCAUUCCCAACAGCACCAACCGCCGUACAAUCAUCACCAUCAGCAGCAGCAACAGCCUCAGCCAGGAGCCCAUCAUCAUCACCAUAUGAAUGGGCACUUGGCGGGACACCAGCAGCAGCAACAUCAUCAGCAGCAGCAGCCGAAUGCUGCUGGAACGAAUGGCAAUCACCUGUCAAAUCCGGUCAAUGUAGUGACGGACGGAGGAGCACUGUUCCCGAACAGGUCACAAAAAUCUUCUCCCACUGGUUAUCCACAUCAGCCGUACCCGGGUCAAUAUCCGGGCUCACUCCAAGGACAUCCUCAGCAUGGAACGGGGCCACCUCCGCUGCAUAGUAAACCCAACUUCAGCAGUUCACCUUUGGGCCAAGGUCCUUCAACGGUUCCACCCUCUCACACGAACCAUGUGCACCAUCAAGGUAUGCAUGGGCCAUCCGUUACCGGGCAAUCUGGCAUGGCAACGCCUCAGCUUGAUCUUGGACCGAGUAAUCCGGUCCCCCACCAUCACCACCACCAUCCGAACCACAUGGGUGGAGCACCCGGAGCUGCUUCUAGCCAUCAACACCAGCCUCAGCAACAGCAGCAUCUCCCGCCUCACAACCAACAGCAGCAUGCUAUGCCACCGGGCAGUAACGGACCCAUGAAUGGACCGGGUCAGUUUCCGGGCCAUCAUCAGCCCACCAUACACCACAAGAUGCCAUCGCCCGCUUCGAUCACGGGAUCGACAGCCGAGCCGAAUGUAAAUAGUAUGAACAACAACAAUCCCAGUACAAAGGCCAACUCGCGGGCUUCCAGCUCCAGCGGUGGUAACAUUUCCGUCGCGCAUAGUACGACCUCUUCCGUGCAGACCGGCGGUGCCAGCCAGCAGGGUGGUUCGGGUUCCACGAAAGCCGAACAGAGGUUGACCCAUGAACAGUUCCGAGCGGCGUUGCAAAUGGUAGUAUCUGCCGGUGAUCCACGAGAGAAUCUUGAAAAUUUCACCAAGAUUGGCGAAGGAUCUACGGGAACGGUCUGUAUUGCGACGGACAAAUCCACAGGUCGCCAAGUGGCCGUCAAAAAGAUGGACUUGCGAAAGCAGCAACGACGCGAGCUGCUGUUCAACGAAGUCGUCAUCAUGCGGGACUACCACCAUCCGAACAUCGUGGAAACCUACAGUAGCUUCCUGGUGAACGAUGAACUUUGGGUCGUGAUGGAAUACCUGGAGGGAGGUGCCCUUACCGACAUUGUUACCCAUUCGCGGAUGGACGAGGAACAAAUUGCCACUGUGUGUAAACAGUGUCUGAAAGCACUUUCCUAUCUACAUUCACAGGGUGUCAUCCAUCGGGACAUUAAGUCUGAUUCCAUUUUGCUGGCCUCUGAUGGCAGGGUAAAGUUGUCCGAUUUCGGUUUCUGUGCCCAAGUAUCGCAGGAGCUUCCGAAACGUAAAUCGUUGGUAGGUACGCCGUACUGGAUGUCUCCUGAGGUGAUAUCCCGACUACCGUAUGGUCCCGAGGUGGACAUUUGGUCAUUGGGUAUAAUGGUUAUCGAAAUGAUCGACGGUGAGCCGCCGUUCUUCAACGAACCUCCACUGCAGGCCAUGCGAAGAAUUCGCGAUAUGCCACCGCCAAAGUUGAAGAACUCUCACAAGGUGUCGAGUCGGUUACAGAACUUCCUCGAUCGCAUGUUGGUUAGGGACCCGGUACAGAGAGCAACGGCCGCUGAGCUGCUGGCCCAUCCUUUCCUCCGACAGGCUGGACCACCGUCGCUAUUAGUUCCGCUUAUGCGCGGUGCGAGACACAGUAAUUGUUAGGUUUGACGAGUAUUGAAACGAAAGUGACCUUCGAAUUGUGUAUAUACAUGUAGCUCUAAUAUAUUUGGAAUGAGACAACAACCAUUACGUUACAUGCUUUCUAAAGCGAAUUAUUGCCGCUGUUAUUUUGUAGUAUGUUUCAUUUUGAACCAUAUGUCACGCAGAAGUGUGUAUUUUAAAUGUAUUUUAACAUGAUUAUUUUGUUGAAAGCUAAGCUACUAUCCCUUACAUAUAUCAGCAUAUUUUACGAGAAAAGUUAGUGUAUAAAUUAAAAGAUAAGACAAUUGAAUGCCCUUGAUUCUCUCUAAAGCAUUUCUUGUAGGGUUUCGACUUCUACUAUUCAUCUAACGCUCCUUUCCAUAUCUAAUCCAUUACGAUAAUACAAGUUUCAAGUGCGAAAUAUUUUGUUUUCAAAGGAGUUAUAUGAAUAAAGGAGUCGUUCCCUUCAAAAUGUACUCAAAGCUCCUACUAUAUCAGCAGCGAAUAAUAUCCUUUAUCCAAAGGAAACGAUACAUUCCACCGCAAUUUCUAAUCAUCAACGAAUCUACUUCUAAUUCUCACCCAUCAAUCCACUAUUCAGAUUCAAGGGACAAAAUCUGCAUUUGCCAUUUACGAUUUUAAUUUUACAUCGAAUGUUGAUUGUUUUACAAAACGCCAGAUAUAGUAUUUUAGUUUAACUAAAAAUGUGUUUGGUUUAAUAAAUUUUUACAGAUACGCUACUUUUUAGAUCUACUAGUAAUAGUUUGCAUUCCGUUCGUUGAAUGCCGUUGAAAACGAACUUCCACUCCACCAGUAUUUAUUAUUUCCAAUUCAACGAACUACUUUCUUCCACUCUUUCAUACUCGAAAAAAGCUGGGUAUGUGACAAUUACUUUGCCUCCGAGAGUACUCUCAAGCAGCAACGAUAAGGACUGAGAUGUGAAAACUUAUACACGAGUGUUUACAAAAAUGCCGGCACCGUAUAUCACAGGAAAUGAAUGGCAGCGAAAGAAUUUAUUUUACCCGAUUGGAGACGAUCAGUAUACAGUUAGAGUUUAUCGAACACUUUACGACUAGAUGAGUCCGUCUACUUAUACAUUCAAGAUAUAUACAAGAAAUGUUACUGUAAAAUAAACUUAUCAUAAAGCUUCUCCAGAGAAACUUCUACUUUAGGAAAUAUGUACUACAUACGUUAAAUGUUAUGAUUAUAUCAGUCUCGAAAGAUUUUAAAAUAAAGGUAGUAUUACAGA